GAUGUCCCAAAAAAAGGUGGACUAUUUAGGUGAAGUAUAGUAUAUUUAUUUGUGGAAUUUGUUUGUGUAUUUGUAGAUUUUAUAUUUGCUUUUUUAAAAUUUGUUUAUUUAGAUAUUGUAUUUGUGGAGCACACCGAUUGUCAGUCUGUUCACACAAACAAUAUUGAGACUAAUCUAUCUUCAUAACAUUACAACAAUUCUUCUAUUUCAAGAUUCAUAGGUGUCCCAAAUAAAGGUGUAGUUUUGUAUAGAUGAAGAAGGCACAAUAAAACAUUUUCUUAUGACUGUUCAUACACAACAACAUUUUGUGUACUUAUUUAAUGUCUUCUUUGACAAUUUGGUCAUGCAGUAUUUUGUUUUUUCUAUGUUUUACAAUGACGAUACAGUGAUGUAGUUGCUUUGUUUCCCUUAUAUGUUUUAUUACUUUUUUACUAAAAUAUGGGUAAUCAAGCACGAAGUAACAAAACUAAGUCUUUCCCCGCUUAUUUUAUUUUAUUUUAUUUUGUUAUAGCGGAAGCUAAGGAAGUGAAGCCCCGCCCUCCUCCGCCGUUGCUGUGCGACAGAGGAAGCUUCGGUCUCGCCAUCAUCCUAGCUUUGCUAAAUAGCUUGGUAGCCGAUUUUUUAACACCUAUUUUUCCCCACCAGAGCAAUGGAGGUGACGAUGGACCCUUUGUUUCUGGCGUGGAGCUAUUUCAGGAGGCGAAAACUCCAACAAUGUUCAGAUAUUUGCACAAAAAUAUUACAAGACAACCCGUACGACCAGGACUCCUCCUUACCUAUCUCAGAGGCUGCAUGGAGCUUGAAAACCCGUGCUCUUACAGAGAUGGUAUACAUAGAUGAAAUUGAGGUCGACCAGGAGGGGAUUGCUGAGAUGAUGCUGGAUGAGAGCUCAAUUGCUCAAGUUGCACGACCUGGAACAUCACUGAGGCUCCCUGGAACAAGUCAGGGUGGAGGUCCCACAGCGGCUGUCAGGCCUAUGACACAAUCAGGGCGUCCCAUCACAGGAUUUGUAAGACCCAGCACACAAUCAGGGCGUCCUGGGACAAUGGAGCAGGCCAUCAAGACCCCACGCACUGCAAGCACUGCUCGUCCUGUCACUAGCGCCUCUGGCAGAUUUAUCCGUCUGGGAACUGCUUCAAUGUUAACCAAUCCAGAAGGACCAUUUAUAAACUUGUCGAGACUAAAUCUGGCCAAGUAUUCCCAAAAGCCCAAUCUAUCCAGGACACUGUUUGAGUACAUCUUCCAUCACGAAAAUGAUGUAAAAAAUGCUUUAGAUUUGGCUGCUCAAGCUACUGAACAUGCUCAAUUCAAAGACUGGUGGUGGAAAGUUCAGCUGGGGAAAUGCUACUACAGGCUUGGUUUAUAUCGAGAAGCAGAAAAACAGUUUAGAUCAGCUCUCAACCACCAAGAGGUGGUGGAUACAUAUCUCUACCUUGCAAAGGUAUAUCAACGUCUGGAUCAACCAAUAACCGCUCUCAACCUUUUCAAGCAAGGCCUUGACCACUUUCCUGGUGAGGUUACUCUGCUAACAGGAAUUGCUCGCAUACAUGAGGAGAUGAACAACAUCUCAUCAGCCACAGAGUAUUACAAAGAUGUCCUGAAGCAGGACAACACUCAUGUGGAGGCCAUAGCCUGUAUAGGCAGCAAUCACUUCUACACCGAUCAACCCGAGAUCGCCCUGCGCUUCUACAGACGGCUACUCCAGAUGGGGGUGUAUAACUGCCAGCUGUACAACAACCUGGGCUUGUGCUGCUUUUACGCCCAGCAGUACGACAUGACUCUGUCCUCAUUUGAGAGGGCUCUGGCCCUGGUGGCCAAUGAUGAAGAGCAGGCUGAUGUAUGGUACAACAUAGGUCACGUGGCUGUGGGCAUAGGGGACUUGACACUGGCCUACCAGUGUUUUAAACUGGCUUUAGCUUUUAAUAAUGACCAUGCUGAGGCCUACAACAACCUGGCUGUGCUGGAGCUGCGCAAAGGUCGCAUUGAACAGUCUAAAGCCUUCCUGCAGACUGCUGCAUCACUGGCCCCUCACAUGUAUGAGCCACACUUCAAUUUCUCCAUUCUCUCUGAAAAGAUUGGAGACCUUCAAAGCAGCUACACUGCCGCCCAAAAGUCUGAGGACUCCUUUCCAGAGCAUGUCGACACUCAGCAGCUUCUUAAACAACUUCGGCAGCACUUUGCAGUCCUGUGAGCGUCCGACCAGCACGCAGAG